GCAGCUCUGCUCCGCUCCUGCCUGGUGGCCCACUGCUGGCUGGGACCUAGCUCUGCCUUUUCCCUCCUGCCAAGUUGUGCGUAGAGCUGUCCUGUGAGACUGGCUCCCGUGCUGGGCAUUGCUGCGGGAGGCCACUGGGAACAUGUUGCCAGUGGAUGCAAAACCUGGGUUGCAGCGCUGGGUUCUGUGCGGCUGUAGCCUGCUACAUGUCGCAUCAGAGAAACUGACAGGGACUUGCUGGAGUUAGCAGAAUUAUUGCAUGAAUUUAGCAAAAUUACUCCCUUGGCAGUGCGAUUGUCCCACAGUAAAAGCCUCUCCUGUCAUGCCCAGACGAUGCUGCACUCGCAGGAGAAGUUCUAUAGCAUGGCCGCACAGAUCAAGCUGCUGCUUGAGAUUCCAGAGAAGAUCUGGAGUGCCAUGGAGGCCUCUCAGUACUUACACGCCACACAGCUGUACCUGCUUUGCUGCCAUCUCCACAGUCUCCUGCAGCUGGAUGCCUCCAGCUCCCGUUACAGUCCCAUCCUCGCACGCUUCCCCAUCCUAGUUCGACAAGUGGCGGCAGCCAGCCACUUCAGAUCCACCAUACUGCACGAAAGCAAAUCACUGCUAAAAUGCCAGGCUGUUUCUGACCAAGCAGUGGCAGAGGCCUUAUGCUCAAUCAUGCUUUUGGAGGACAGCUCUCCGCGCCAAGCCCUGGCAGACUUCCUGCUGGCCAGGAAAUCAGCUGUUCAGCAGCUUCUCAACCAACCGCAUCACGGUGCUGGCAUAAAAGCCCACGUGUGUUCGCUGAUGGAGUUACUAACCACAACCCUGUACCAAGCUCAUGCCCUCUUUUACACCCUGCCUGAAGGGAUGCUCUCAGAUCCCUCCCUGCCCUGCAGCUUGCUCUUUUCAAUGCUGGAGACCACGACAAGCCAGGACCCAGCAGGCAAAGGCAUCCACGUUUUGAAAGAGGAGAUGAAGCUGAGCAGCUGGUUCAAAUCUCUACCACCGUCCAUUGUAGAGUUCCAGCCAACCCUCAGAACCUUGGCACAUCCAAUCAGCCAGGACUACCUGAGAGACACUCUCCAGAAGUGGAUUAACAUGUGUAGUGAAGAUAUCAAAUCUGGACUCAUCACUCUGCUGGUCUACGUGAAGAGCCUGAAAGGCCUGGCUGGCAUCCGUGACGCUGUGUGGGAGCUGCUCACCAGUGAGUCCAUGAGGCAGAAUUGGGACACGGUGUGUCGUCGACUCUUGGACAAGUCCAUCUCUUUCUGGGAGGACUUGCUGCGGCAGCUUUUCUUGGACAGAUUACAGACCCUGACAAAGGAAGGAUUUGACUCCAUCUCCAGCAGCUCGAAGCAGCUUCUCAUUUUAGCGCUCCAGGAGCUUGAAGCCAAGUCCAGCACCUCUGCCCCCAGCAAGCACACCCAGUUUGAACACAACAUGGCUUUGUUUCUGUGGUCAGAGAGCCCCGGCGACCUGCCUCCUGAUGCGGCCUGGGUCAGCGUGGCAAACCGCAGCCCGUUUGCAAAGAGUGGCCUAUCCAUGAAGGCCCAGGCUCUCACGCCCUGUGUGCAGAGCUUCUGUUCUGCCUUGGAUGCCAAACUGAAGGCGAAACUGGACGACCUUCUGUUCUACCUUCCCGCUGACUCUUCCACGCCCAAGGAGACACGGGGCGUGCAGGCCAGGAACUCUGCUUUUGAUAGAUACGCCGAUGCUGGCACCGUAGAAGAGCUGCUCCGGGAUCACUGUGUUGCCUGCAUCCAGUACGUCUUGGGCUGUGCUAGAGAAGAGCUGCAGAGAACUGAAGGCGAAACUGGACGACCUUCUGUUCUACCUUCCCAGAAGAGCUGCAGAGCGCUCUUCAUGGCAAGACUGUGUCAAUCGCUAGGCGAACUGUGUCCUCACCUGAAGCAGUGCAUUCUGGGUAAAUCGGGCAGCACAGAGAAUGGAAUGAGGGAGACCCGGUCUUCUAAAAAGCUGGGGAAAGGGAAAGCCCAGGAGGUGAAUCCCAUGCAGGCCAAGUGGCAGGAAGUGAAAGAACAACUCCUGCAACAGAGCCUGUUUGCCUAUCAGAUUUGGAGCUCCGCUGUUAUAACAGUCUUGGUUCACCGUUUCACCCAGACUUUGCUGCUAGAUACAGCUGGCUCUAUCUUAGCGACAGCCACCAAUUGGGAUGAAAUUGAAAUUCAGGAGGAGACAGAAUCUGGAAGCAGUGUAACGUCAAAGAUCCGACUCCCUGUACAGCCAUCCUGGUAUGUUCAAUGCCUCCUGUUCAGUUUGUGUCAAGAAGUCAACCGGGUUGGAGGCCAUGCUCUGCCAAAGCGUACCUUGCAGCUGCUGCUGAAGACGUGCCUGGCAGAAGUGCUGGCUGGCUACGAGAAGCUUGUCGAAGAGAAGCAGGAAAAGAAAGGGUCAUUCCCAAUGACUCAGAACAGGGCGCUGCAGCUGCUCUAUGAUCUACGCUAUUUGAAUAUAGUCCUAACAGCUAAGAGUGAGGAAGCAAAAGCCAGCAGGAGCAAGCAGGACUCCAGGAUUGAGAAGGUGACAGACUUCUUAGAAGCCAACAUUGAUCCGUUUGACUUGGAUGUUUUCACUCCACAUUUAAACAGCGGCCUUAACCGCCUGGUGCAACGAACCUCAGUCCUGUUUGGCUUACUAACGGGGGCAGAGAAUCAGUAUACCAAUAGAAGCAAUCAUCUGAGCUCCCAGGAGCCUCACAAUAUCUUGCCAUUAGCAUCUAGUCAAAUCAGAUUUGGACUUCUACCACUGAGUAUGUCAAGUUCUCGAAAGACUAAAUCUGCUGUUAAAACCACAGAAAAUCCAACUCAGGUUCCACCUCCUUCAGUCAUCACAGCAGAAGAAACAUUCCGCCCUGGUUCCUUGUUCAGACAGCUUGCAACGGAGGAGGGAGACACUGCUACACCAUCUCUGUUCAAAUUAGGUUGGCUUUCUAGCAUGACCAAGUGACCUAAUAAAAAGAUGAAAUACUCAA